AAUUAGUAGCUAGGAGGGUAAAAUAUGUAGCAACCUUGGCCCAUUCUAUUUUCAUACGCUUCUGACAACUGGUGGUUUUGUAAUAGUAACAGUCCAUACUUGAUCUAGAAGACCCAGAAUUACUAGCUUCCCAUCUUGCCCAAAUAGAUGUCUACUCUGCUAUAUAAAUACCUAGUGGAAACCUUAGCUACCAUGUUUCCACCACUAUAUUUACUGCUUUAUGGUGCCAAAUCAGGAUCAGUACACUACUUUCCAGAACAAAAUCAUUCAUGGCAGUGAAGGAAAGCAACACAAGCCAAAAUAUUCAGCUGCAGCAGCAGCAGCAACAGCAGCAGCAGCAGCAAGAAGCUUGUGAUCCUUGCAAGUCUUUUGGCCAAAAGUGCAGUCACUUGGUCAAGAAACAGCGUGCCAAAUUCUACAUUCUUCGCCGCUGCAUCGCCAUGCUUUUGUGUUGGCAUGAGCGUGGUGAGACAUAAUAAUACCAAGGCCUGCCACAGUAUCAUCCAUCCCUUUCUCUAUCAUUGUAACAUAAAGAGGGUACUAUAUUACUACUAUGUCACACUGCAAAUUGUUACUUUUUCUAAUAGGAUUAUUAUUGCAUUCUGUGUAAUUACGUCCAGCUAACAUGUGAAAGAGAUUAGAUCUGUUUCAACUUUCGCAACCACUAUUGAGUAGAUCUUCUUUUUCACGUGUCAAGACGCUCUCAAACUUGCACAUAUGUUACAAUGUUGGAGGUUUGGUUAGCUCAUUGGGAGCUUAAGUCGCUAUUCAUCCCCAUCUUUCUCCUUGAGAGUAAUUUGUUUUGUCUUUUUCAGUUUCAAAUGAGGAAAAAAGGGCUUUCACUGGUUGUCGUAAUGAUCCAGGGCAUCAUCGGAUUCAACUGUUGAUUUCUUUGUUUGCAUAGAACCAUGUCUUUAUAUUUCAUCUGCCCAGAUUUUAUAAACAAACUUUACCAUAUAUAAUCAGAGAUCUCGGGUGGUAGGUGAGAACCAAACCAGUGUAAUCAAUCACUGCUCCUAACUUUUGCUUCUUCGAUGCAUAGUUCUCACGGAAGAUACCAAUUGGAAACUAACUUGGCGUGAUGUUUGUCUCAACUUCAAUUUGCGGUGAAACCAUUGCACGUGUAUGCAGAAAUAUAUUUGUUGUCUUUAUUUAAUAGGAAGAAAUUGAGCUAUCCAAAUUUAAUUUCCUUCACCUGGCCCUGCUUACAAACG